UUGUUGAAGAACAAAAAGAGUUUGGAAGAAGACGUGGAGCACUGCACUACAGAUUAUAAUCAAGUUAUGGCAACUUUUGCUGAGAAUAAGAUGGAUGCUGACAAACGUGAGGCUAAACAGGCGGAGACGAUUAAACAGCUUUUAUCGAAGAUUGAACUGAAAGAUCGAGAAAUUGAAAAGCUUCGCAAAUUGAUUCCAUAUGAAGGUUAUUGUCAACCAAAUGGUGCUUUCUUGCAGCAGAACAUGACGUUUGAAUUUUUUUCUAUUUUUAAGGGUUUCUAG